CCCCCCUCCCGUCCCAGUUUACUCCACCGCCGCCGCCGCCACCUCCUCCUCCUCCUGCUUGUCUCUGUGUGUCUCUCUCUCCCUCCCAGGACGCGUCGGAUGAUCCGGGGCCGCCGGGGAAGAGCUCCAGGCAGCAGCAGGGAGGCUACGUCCUCCUCCUGUCUUGGGCUGUAUACAUAUUUUAAAAAAAAGAAAGGGGGAAAAAGCCGGUGGCCCUCGGUGUUAUUUUGUAUUAAAAUGAGGAGGAGGAGAAGGAGGAAGAAGCGGCGGCGGCGGCAGCAGGAGCAGAAAGCAAUAGAGGAAGGAGCAGGAGAAGGGACGGCGGCGGCGGCGGCAGCAGCAGGAGCAGGAGGAGGAGUGAUGAGUCAACUAAUAAUUUAAUGGGGACAGAGAGAGAGAGGGAGAGCGCGAGCGAGCGAGAGGGAGAGCGAGCGAGCAAGCAAGCAACGAACGUCCGGGGGACACACACUCACACACACACACGCAAACACGCAGACACACCACCCUGUAACAUCCAGCAACAACCACCAAACCGGCCUAAAUAACCAUAAUAGCCAGCCGAGGGACAACAAGAAUUUUGAAAGCUCACAGGAUUUAUUUUGUUAUUACUAUUUGGGGACUUAGGAAACAUCAGACUUGAGCUUCUUCCUCCUCUUCAAGAGAUCGGUGUGCAAAGGAAAUCUCCUUUGUUUCCAUUAUUUAUAUGCUGUCAAGUUUUGAAGUGGUGAUCUUUAGAGGCGGGACUGAGUAUGGAUCAUUUGAACGAGACAACUCAGGGGAAAGAACAUUCAGAAAUGUCUAACAAUGUAAGCGAUCCGAAGGGUCCACCAGCCAAAAUUGCCCGCUUGGAGCAGAAUGGGAGCCCGUUAGGAAGAGGAAGACUUGGAAGUACAGGAACUAAAAUGCAAGGAGUGCCUUUAAAACACUCUGGACAUCUGAUGAAAACACAUGCUAGAAAAGGAACCAUGCUUCCGGUUUUCUGUGUAGUGGAACAUUAUGAAAACUCCAUUGAGUAUGAUUGCAAAGAAGAGCAUGCAGAAUUUGUUUUGGUAAGGAAGGACAUGCUAUUCAACCAGCUGAUUGAAAUGGCAUUGCUGUCGCUUGGAUAUUCUCAUAGCUCUGCUGCUCAAGCAAAAGGACUAAUCCAGGUUGGGAAAUGGAACCCAGUUCCUCUCUCCUAUGUGACAGAUGCCCCUGAUGCUACAGUAGCUGACAUGCUGCAGGAUGUUUAUCACGUGGUCACACUGAAAAUCCAGUUGCACAGUUGCCCUAAACUAGAAGACUUGCCUCCUGAACAAUGGUCUCACACAACAGUAAGAAAUGCUCUGAAGGACUUACUGAAGGAUAUGAACCAGAGUUCAUUGGCCAAGGAAUGUCCCCUUUCACAGAGUAUGAUUUCUUCCAUUGUGAACAGCACUUACUAUGCAAAUGUCUCGGCAGCAAAAUGUCAGGAAUUUGGGAGGUGGUAUAAACAUUUCAAGAAGGCAAAAGAUAUGAUGGCUGAAAUGGAUAGCCUUUCUGAACUAUCCCAACAAGGUGCCAACCACGUCAACUUUGGACACCAACCAGUCCCAGGGAACACAGCUGAACAGCCUCCAUCCCCUGUUCAGCUUUCUCAUAGCAGUCAACCACCUGUUCGGACCCCACUUCCAAACCUGCAUCCUGGACUUGUAUCUACUCCCAUUAGUCCUCAGUUGGUAAAUCAGCAACUGGUGAUGGCCCAACUGUUAAACCAGCAGUAUGCAGUGAACAGACUUCUAGCCCAACAGUCCUUAAACCAACAGUACUUGAACCAUCCUCCUCCGGUCAGCAGAUCCAUGAACAAGCCGUUGGAGCAGCAGGUCUCAACUAACACAGAGGUGUCUUCCGAAAUCUACCAGUGGGUGCGUGAUGAAUUGAAACGAGCAGGAAUCUCGCAGGCAGUUUUUGCACGUGUGGCAUUUAACAGAACUCAGUGGAAAAGCAAUUGGCAUGUUGUGGAAAAAAAGCAAUGCAGGAAAGAAGUUACAAACUAUAUGCUGAAAUUUGUUUGCAGUAGGAAUCCAGCUACAAUCAGUACAACUAAGGGCUUGCUCUCAGAAAUCCUGCGAAAGGAAGAAGACCCCAAGACCGCGUCACAAUCUUUACUGGUAAACCUUCGGGCUAUGCAGAAUUUCUUGCAGCUGCCGGAAGCAGAAAGAGAUCGAAUAUACCAGGAUGAAAGGGAAAGAAGUUUGAAUGCAGCUUCUGCAAUGGGCCCCACACCUCUUAUAAGCACACCGCCCAGCCGACCAACACAAGUAAAAACUACAGCUAUUGCAACAGAAAGGAAUGGAAAACCAGAAAACAAUACUAUGAACAUUAAUGCUUCCAUUUAUGAUGAGAUUCAGCAGGAAAUGAAGAGAGCUAAAGUGUCUCAAGCAUUAUUUGCAAAGGUUGCAGCAACUAAAAGCCAGGGAUGGCUCUGUGAACUCUUGCGCUGGAAAGAAGAUCCUUCACCUGAGAAUAGAACCCUGUGGGAGAAUCUGUCAAUGAUCCGGAGAUUCCUCAGUCUUCCUCAGCCUGAAAGAGAUGCCAUUUAUGAACAAGAAAGCAAUGCAGUUCAUCACCAUGGCGACAGGCCUUCCCACAUUAUCCAUGUUCCAGCAGAGCAGAUUCAGAGCCCCUCUCCCACCAACCUUGGGAAAGGAGAGCAUAGAGGCGCUUUCUUACCUGGCCUGCUGACCACUGGACCUUGGCUGGGUGCUGCUCCCCAGCAGCAGCAGCAACAACAACAACAGCAACAGCAGCAACAGCAGCAGCAGCAGCAGCAACAGCCACCACCACCAGGCCCCAGAUUACCCCCAAGGCAGCCAACAGUAGCAUCACCAGCUGAAUCUGAGGAUGAAAAUCGUCAGAAGACCCGCCCACGAACAAAGAUUUCCGUGGAAGCCCUGGGCAUCCUUCAGAGUUUUAUACAAGAUGUAGGCCUAUAUCCAGAUGAAGAAGCAAUCCAGACUCUUUCAGCUCAACUUGAUCUUCCCAAAUACACCAUCAUCAAAUUCUUUCAGAACCAGCGAUAUUAUGUCAAGCACCAUGGAAAGCUGAAAGACAACUCAGGCUUGGAGGUGGAUGUUGCAGAAUAUAAGGAAGAAGAGCUGCUUAAGGAUUUGGAAGAGGCUGCACAAGACAAAAAUACGAACACACUUUUUUCAGUUAAAUUAGAAGAAGAGUUAUCUGUAGAAGGGAAUACUGACAUUAAUAAUGAGUUGAAAGACUGAUUGAAAAAGUAUUUAUUCAACAGUGUCACUGCUAUUUACUAAUGAAAUGAAAAUUCCAUCCUGUGUUCUGUCAGCAACCUCUAUUCAUUGUUUGGCCAAUGAAUCUUCCAAAACUUGCACAAAAGUUGAAAAAGGAUAAUGCAGACUGCACUAGAUAUUUUACAAUUUGCUUCAGAGCUACAGAUGAAGCAUUGAGGAUUGUUUCAUAUUAAUUUGUGUUCACUGGGUACACCAAGGUGUAUCCGAUAAGCAUGAUAUCUGUGGGUUGUUUUUUAUUAUUAUUAUUAUUAUUCUAGAGCUUUCAGACAAGCAUUACUUUUGUGAUUUAUUGUUUUGGUUUUGGUUUAUUUUCCAAUUAUUACUGUUAACACUCCACACUUGAUCUUUGAAAGCUCACAUUUAUUUAAAUAAUAGAAGAAAAAGAAGAAGAAGAAGAAGAGUUUGUUACUCUUGCUCUAUUGUAUGUUACAAAAGAACUAUAGACUGUGGGAUGCAGUUUAAAGUUAACAUAUGCCAACAAAUGCCUUGUAUUAUAUGGCACUGCCGUAACUCAGAUUUGUUUUCUUUUCAGAAAUAAGAGGUCACUGUAUCGUUUUCAUUCUCAUUCUCAUUGUUACAUGAUUUUUUGAAAACAAAAUGUGAAAUACUGUUUUAUCCCCAUUAUUUAUUUGUAGAUCCUACAGCAUCAUGUUGUAAUUAAUUUUUAGAAGUUUCCGUUAAAUGUAAUAUUGCUUCUCUUGUUAUCAUACUGAUUUUUUUUCUAUUUAUAAAUGUAUUUUGAUGGGCAGUAAAACAAAGUGUCUUAAAAGUUUUAAAUAGAGAAAAUGUGCUUUACACAGUUGCCUAUAAAAAGUGCUCUAUGUUAUCCAAGCAAUUCAUACUAUAAGCUUCACUCUUAUUGUUGUAUGCAAUUUUUACUAUCAUGCAAAUAAGCUUAGGUAAAUAAAACUAAUAGAUCACCUUAGAAACUUAUGCAAUUAAUGUGAAAAUAAUUGAUGUUUGCAAUGUGUCUUCCUUUGGUUUACAAUCAAUUUUAAAGCUACAGCUGUAUAAAUUUUCUGUAUAAAGGUGUAUUUCUUUUUUAUGAGUUUAUUGCUAUGAAAACACCAGUUAUUUUGUUACAGCUGGCUGUUUUUAUAAGUGUAUCACAAUUUUCUUUAAGCAGAAAUGUUCUGACUAGGAGUGGUUAUUGACUGUAACUACACAAUUAAAAUUGUUUGUAUGGUAUGAUA